AUGGCAUCGCCUCCGCCAUCAAAGGCCCUGACCAAGCGGUCAGAUGGCCAGCUGAUGCCCCCUCCUCCAGCGCCAAAACGAAUUAAACGCCCCGCAACUGCCCUCGACGAAGACGUCUACACCAACGCUCUUUCCCACAUCAUCGCCCGCGAUUUCUUCCCAGGUCUGCUGGAGACCCAGGCCAAGCAGGAGUAUCUCGAUGCGCUGGACUCGAAGGAUAAAGGAUGGAUCACAAGCGCCAAGAAAAGACUUGCAGAUGUUAUGCGCACUCCAACACCCGGGUCAAAUGCCCGACGGAAGACAGACUCGGGAUCUGUGGCGGGUACGCCUAUGCAUUUCCCAGCAGGUGGCUCCGAUGAGACUCCGCGCGGGUGGGAAGGAGAUACGCCUAUGUCUGUCGCGUCGACUGCAACCUCUGCGACGACGAGACAGGGCCAGGAGAUUCCGGAUGUCUCGAAUAUGGGCCUGAUGGCAUUCCAGGACAAGUAUACGAGUGAGGACAACGAAUCGUUCAACAAGGUCCUCGACAAGCAAAACACAAAGAAGCGCGAGAAAUACGCUUUUCUCUGGAACAACAAUAAGAUUCCCUCCGCCCGUCAAAUCGCUCAUCACCAGCAAGAAGUCAAGCGCAUUACUGCACAAGGUGGCAAACCGGAAACUAGCCUCAUUAAGUGGGAUGAUUCCGAGAUCGCCAUCAAAACAGACCUGGACGCACGGCCAGCAAGACCUGAUGCCUGGAAGUCUCGUCCAGAUAACGGGCUUAUGUUCCUCCCAUCUUCGAUUGAAGAUACCCACGAGACACUCCACCAACAAGCGGAGGCUGCCUCGCGCGCAGGCCCGAAACGGACACUCUAUCAAAAUACGCGACUGCUUGAUGUAGACGCUGCUGCCGCCGCAGACGCUACAGCUUCUGUCCCAGACUCACCCUCAAUCUCCGCGAUCCAAGACGCCAUCGCCGGUCGGCCACGCCUCAGUCAAUCAGAGGCCUCUGCAGUCCCUGGCGGCGAGACCCCCGUGUCAACGCCUGAGCCUGCAUCCGAAGACCCCCUUGAAGCAGACUGGCGCCUCUUGGGGACUUCAUCAGAUACGACACCGAAUCCCUUCCAGCUCCGUGAAACCCGCAAGCGCGAGGCACUACACCACCGUAUGGUAGAUCGUGUCUCACGCACCAAGCGCGCGGAAAAAGCUGCCCGUACUGUGAAAACGCCCGUCACUGCGACUCCGCGCUUUGCCAGUAGUCCUCGCAUAGAUUUUGGACUUCGAGGUACGCCCGGUGGUGCGGUGGCCGGUGGUCAGGGCAAGAUGUUGACGCCGGCGGCUCAGAAGUUGUGGUCGCAGGUUGGUGGGAGUACGCCACGGGGAUCAGGGUCGGGAUCGACGGGGAAGUCUGGGUUAGGGAAUAUGUGGACUCCGACGCCGCGGCGGAAGUAG